AUGGCACUGGCUACACAACAUCAGUCCUUGGAAACAGGCGGCAACCAGCUUAUGCGAGAUCUUGAAAUACUGCAUGCAUAUUACAAGAAAUGGUGCCUUAAGCCCAACCCGCUAAAAUCGGAAACUGGGGCAUUUCACUUGUCGAAUAGGUUAGCUAAAGAGGAACUGAAUGUAUAUUUUGGGGGAGAAAGAAUUAGACACAACCAAUGCCCAACAUAUCUGGGUGUCAUGUUGAACAGGACUUUAUCCUAUAAUCAGCACAUUACAAAAACCGCACAGAAAAUUAAAUCCAGAAAUAAUAUCUUGAGUAAACUCACAAGAACUUCGUGGGGUGCGGAUGGGAACACACUCAGAACUGCCGCGCUGGCUCUAACUUACUCGGCGACAGAGUACUGUGCACCGGUAUGGUACACACACACCGGUAUACACCACACGUAUAAAAUCGACGUGCAGCUCAAUGAAGCUAUGAGAGUUGUAACUGGGACAUUAAGAUCAACCCCAACAGUAUGGCUCCCGAUCCUGGCGAAUAUUGCCCCCCCUCAAAUUCGCAGAACAGCUAUGGCAAAAAAGGAGUGGAUGAAGGCUUCCACCCAAGACGGCUUACCUAUUCAACUGUCUAUCAAUCCUCCUCCUUCUAAGCGCCUCAAAUCUCGCAACCCAAUCUGGAUGGACGACGAACUUAAGAGCGAGUACAAUAUGCACUCCAAAUGGAACGAGCUUGUGGCUAACAGUCUGGGAACACGCAACUUGAACUUAGUUGCCGAUAUAUCGGGUGCCCUCCCGGGCAUGGACCUUCCUCGUUAUACCUGGAGUCGUCUAAAUCGUUUUAGGGUGGGUCAUGGCAGAUGCCGUGAUAUGCUUCAUAAAUGGGGAAUUGAAGACUCACCAGCGUGCGACUGUGGCGCCCCACGACAAACGAUGGAACACAUUCUGACCGAAUGCCUUUCCUGGGGGCAUCCAGAACUUAUUUUGCGCUACUUCUUCGGCAAUUUACUGGAUAAAUGA